AGGCGAUAAAAUGAAAUCACUGGCGAUAAUAUCCUGGGAAUUGCAAUAGAGUUGAAUUGCAUACCACCCCAUACCACCACUGCUGCUGCUGCUGCUGCUGCUACAAUGAAUCGCCUCUUCGGAUACGGACAACCAGCGAAACCAAAGGACAACUCCAACGCCACCCAGCCAAAUCUACCUUCAUCAUGGUACCGCUCAGAAGCCAUGUACAGCCUCGAACGUCGGGCCAUCUACUCUAGAAAGUGGGUGCUCGUCACACAUGAAGUACGAUUCCCGGAGCAAGGGACAUACCUGCAGCUGCAAGAAGCCGGCUUCGCAUUUUUCCUCAUUCGAGAUCGCCAGGGGAAGAUCAACGGCUUCCAUAAUGUCUGUCGGCAUCGUGCUUAUCCCGUUGUGCAGGAGCAGACGGGUAAGGCGAGUAUCUUGUCGUGUCAAUAUCAUGGCUGGUCAUAUGGACUUAACGGUAAACUCGCAAAAGCACCGCGAUACCAGGAACUCGAAGGAUUCGAGAAAGAAAAAAACGGACUCUUCCCUAUCCACGUCCACGUCGACAAGCUAGGUUUCAUCUGGGUGAACCUCGACGCUUCAGAAACGCCUAUACCAUGGGAAGACGACUUUGCCGGCGUCGACGAGCAGCCGCGUCUCAAGCCAUUCCACUUUUCCGAAUACAAGUUCGACCAUAUGUGGGAUAUGGUUGGUGACUACAACUGGAAGACAUUAGCUGACAACUACAACGAGUGCUACCACUGCCCAACCGGACACCCAGGCAUCGUGCAAUACACCGACCUAGGAAAAUACUGGGUCGAGACAAAAGCCGGGCAUAUCCAGCACUACAACACCGACCACCCCGACCGGGAAGGCAUGGGCAUCAUCAGCACAUUCUACUUCCCCAACGCGUCCAUGACCGUGUCGAAGGAUUUCUUUUACAUCAUGCGGUGCGUUCCGGUCUCGCCGUCGCAGACACAUAUGGAGUACGAGGUGUACCGGCACAAAGAUGCCACUGAUGAGGCGUUUGAUGGUAUCAACAAGAUAUUCAAGCAGGUGCUAAAGGAAGACAAGGAUCUGUGUAAUGCGGCGCAGAAGAACUUGAACGUCGGGGUAUAUGUGCAUGGGAACUUGCAUCCGCAGCAUGAAAAGGGGCCGUUGUUUUUCCAGAGGACUGUGAAAGACCUGGUGGUGGGACACCAUGAGGCAGAGGAGAAAGAAGGGAAGGAAAUAUGGCCUGCGACGCCGGUCCUGGAUAUGGAGAGCCAGUUGAACGAGGAGGUGGACUUUUGUCGAAAGUUGGACUGUCAGGCUAACGCUGGGGGUAAAAGCCCAUUGGCCUGGUAGAGAAUGUACAUUCGAGGUUAUAUACAUUAUAUACUGGGACAUAUGUUGCCUAGCUGUACGUGGGUAGAUCCAGCCAGUUGUCAAUAAACCGUCCAUAAUCCUGUGCCU